UGUCAUCCUGCGAUGAAUUUCCAUUGGUUUACACCUUCACUGCUCAAGAAACGAAUGACUGAUUGCUGAUCUAACGCAGUGCAUAUUCAUAAUGGGGCGGCCAUAUCGUAACUGAAGUCACUGCUAAUUGUGUGUAGCAAGGUCACUAACGCACCUGGUAGUCAUUGUUUGAGCUUCAACGAACAGCCCUGCCAACUACCGGAUCAAUACUACAACUAUUCUCGGAACUUUACAACACUAUAAUAAUAUAAAUACAGUAAUAAUAUCGAGUGACCUGGCUGGCUCAGGUCUGGUGUCAGAGUUUUCAGGUCGCAACUGAACACUUAGAACACUUUUAAGGUUUUCAUUUGAUUCACCCUCGUAUAUUCUACAAUAAUAUUGCACGUCUAUUUCGUGUUUUAAACCCGAUUUCACCAUAAAUUGAACCAGCUUUGCGCAACAGUUGGUUCUAAACAAAGUUCAAAACAUUCCACUGUACUUUAUAUUAUUUUGAUAUUGUGGCUUCAUCAUGUAUCCAAUUUGGUACUGUUAUUUGUAAUGGUACUUCUAUCAAAUUUGAGUGAGAGGAAAAUAAAUAGAGUAUUCCUUUAUGUAGUAAAAGCAAUUGAAAUCCGCUUCUUGAUUUGUAGUGUUGAUACUUGAGUAGAUGAUUUCACAAGUAGGAUCUCCUGUAAUUUAAAAAUUCGACUGAGUCACUGUCGAUGUUGUAGAACCGUUCCAUAAUAAAAUAGAAACACACAUAUAUCAGUAAAAAAAAAACACAAAAACUGUAGAUUUUGACGAUAUAUGUGUGUUUUGUUUCAUCCUUUAAUUCAUAUAAAAUAUGUGUAAUAAUUAUUGUUAUUGCAUGCCCCCAAGUAGAUUAAUCACAUUUUGUUUGGCUUGAAAAAAUUGAAUUUCCACCCAAGUGUAGUGUAGUCUUAUUGUAAAUCAAGUAAUUCUUUCUGACUCAACUACCAUUGUUAUACUAAUUAAGCAUGCCUGUAAGUUCAAAGUAAUGUACCUGUCCAAAAGUACCUGUACCAAUCCAAAUUAGUAUUAUUACUAUGGUUAAAAUUUCUUAAAAGCUAAUAUGAUUUAUCCAAAUUAGUAUCUGUUCGGACGUUAUGAAUGUUCCCCUUUAUUGUCUGGCGUUGUGUGGUGGAGGGGGCAAUUAAGGGGUGAUGCGUAUAGCAUAAUCGCCCGACAACCCAAAAGUACUAGAUGUAAUUGAUACAGUCCACAAACCAGAGUGCUGUUUGAGCCAGCCUCUGUCGAAUAAACAGUAUCAUAAUGUAAUGUAAAUGAGCCUGUAAAUGUUGUAAUAUGCUUUAAAGUAUUGUUCAACUAUAAUUGUUAUAUUGCUGUGUUAUUCAAGUAUUUUUGUUAAAUUGUAAUUAUUCUAGUGAUGUCUGAAUUUGAAUUCAAUUUUCAGUUAUGCAGUAGUAUUAUAAUAUUAUUGAUUGUUCGAUAAACCACAUAUAGUGGACACAUUAAUAAGAGACAUAAAGAGUGAAAUCAUGCUCUCUCAUAAACUGACAUUUUACUUUAGUGUUUCAUUUCUAUUGGAUGUUAAUCCGAUUGUCAUCAUUCAAAUGUAUAAGUCAAAAUCCCUCUAAGAUACCUGAAAUUGAGUACAUAUCAAAUUUGAGACAUUUUAAUGCUCUAUGAGCUCAAAAUCAGUAUUAAUCAAUGAUUGAGAAUAUAUGAGGCGAAAAAGACAAGUCUGAUAAAAUCUUCACCCUUCCGUUCAUCUUCAGUAUUCUCAAGACCAUGGGCUGGUAUUAUAUCAUGUGUUGGGAUUUUACAUGUUUUUAUUGCAACUUUUACGUGUGACUCAAAUAAACAUUAUUAUUAACCUAAAAGUUUUUGGAAUUAAAAACAUUUGAAUAAGAAAAGCAAUGAAAUACAGAAAAAACUUAUUCAAUGCGAUGAUCAUGGAAGCUGACCAAUUGAUAAAGGUUAUGGAUAAUGUGAAAGUCUUGAAGAGUCUGGAACUUUGCAAACUUCCCCAAGUCUUAAAGGGCAAAAAGGUGACAAUAAUCAGUGAGAAUGAUGCUAAAAACUGUGUGCCCCAAGUUGCUCUGUGGUCCGUGACACAGAGUUUGGGUGGAGAAAUAAUGCCUAUCACGUUUGACUGGCAUAACUUGACGUCUAAAAAGGACUUUGGCAAAAUGAUAUCUCGUUGCUACGACCUUGUGCUCGUGGAAACAAAGCAUUGCAGAGACAUAAUAACGUUCAGUGAAGGCUGUGAGAUCCCAGUGGUGUACUGCGGUUGCGGGAUGUACCAACCGCUAGAGGGACUCGCGAACAUUCUCACCAUUGGCGAGCAUUUUGGCAGACUGAGCCACUUGAAGUUCGGAUGGGUGGGGCCUGGCUGCUCGGCCCUCAACACUUACAUGAUGAUGCUACCCAGAUUCGGCAUUCCCAUCAGUUACAACUGUACCUCGAAUCCGAAUUUCCCUGUCCAACCGAUUUGCUAUGAUAAAAGCUACACUCUAUCCAGGAUGCAUUCUACCAACUUGAAUAACUGUAAAACUGCCAAAGAAGCCAUAAAAAAUUCCGAUAUAAUCGCUACUACUGUUCACAAUAUUCAAUGUCAACAAAUUACUACAGAGAUGCUGGAAGAAGCCAAUGAUAACUGGAUAUUUCUGCACCGUCUACCUAGAGGAAAUCAGGAGGCGACUCCAGCCGUUUUCGCUCAUGAGAGGAAUUUGGUGUGGCAGAGUUUCGACAACUUGAUCUACGUUUGUGUU